AUGGCGGCUUCAGCGCGAGUUCGUCCGCAGCGAUGGCAUUGCUCAGCGCUGCGCGUGUUACUCACCACGACCACCUUUUUGGCCUUCUCGAUUGCGGUCGAUAGCAGAGCUGCACCUGUGGCCUUAAUGGCGAGCCAAGAUUCACCCGAGGUCUUAGCCACGCUGGCAGCACCUGUGUCGUUUAAGUCACAGCUAAUGCAGUCCUCACCUGUUUCUGAGGUCGGGGUGAUGGUGACGAGGAGACGGUUGCAGGCGGAAGGGGGGGGAUUGAGUCAGGAGGAUGAGGAGGAUGAGAGGAGGCAGGAGGAAGAGGAGAAGAGGGAGGAAGAGGAGGAGAGGAAGGUGGAGGAGGAAGAGAAGGAGGAGGUGGAAGAGGAGAAGAGGGAGGAGGAGGAGGAGGAGCAAGGUAGAGGGGAGGAGGGACGGGAGGGGAGUGGGGAGGAGCAGGCGGGCGGGGCGGAGGAUAAGGGGAAGGGAGGAGAAGAGGAGGAGCAGGACGAGGAGGGGGUGUUGGCGGAGGGGGAAGGGGAGGAGGAACAGGAGGAGGGGGAGGGGAAGGAACAGAAGGAGGGGGAGGGGGAAAGGAAGGAAGGGGAGGAGGAGGAGGAAGAAGAGGAGGAGGGCGCACAGGGCAAGGAGGAGAAUUCAAGAAGUAAUGGAGGUUUCGGUGAUAGCAGUGGUGGUGGUGCCGGUGUUGGUGGUGGUGACAAUGGAGAAGCAGGAAUGGAAGGAGAAGGGAUGGGAGGGGGAGAAACAGGAGCGGGGGGAGGGCAAACGGGAGGAGGGGGAGGGCAAACGGGAGGAGGGGGAGGGCAGACGGGAGGAGGAGGUCAAACGGAAGGGGAGGAGGGCGGCAGGAGGCCGGGAGGGGAGGAGGGCGGCAGGAGGCCGGGAGGGGAGGAGGGCGGCAGGAGGCCUGGGGGGCGGCGCUACGUACCGCCACUGGACGCCGUGAUUGCGAACGUGACUGGCGGCAGGGACCGUCCCAUUGUGGUGGUCACUGCUCGUGCCGUCAACCUCGAAUUCGUUCACAACUGGUACCUGUCAGUGCGGGGAAAGCGCAUGGGGCGGCGGGUGCUGUUCAUUGCAGAGGAUUACCAUUCCUUCCGCCUGCUGAACCGCCAGUUUCCCAUGCAGGCAGCUCUCAUUGUCACUCCCAAGAAGGACCAGACCGCAGGCAUUGAGGACCGGCGCCCAUGGCACUUCCUUCGCCUUCUGCAACACAACGUCUCCUUCCUCUACAAUGAUCCGGACAUGGUGUGGCUGCAGCUGCCCUUUGGGUACUUCAACGGUGACUUCGACCUCUGGGCCGCCUCUUCCUCUGCCACCUUCGACGCCCCUCAGCAGCCCACCGACGACGCCGCCGCCCCAACCACCACCAACCACCACCACCUCCGCCCCACACCUCUCCUACCCAACCAACCGCUCUCCACCGCUCUGCUUUUCUUCCGCGCGUCCCCAGGCGCCCGGGCGGUGGUGCAGGCGUGGCAAGCGGAGCUUAAGUUUAUUGUCAUGAAGACGAGGAAGUUGGGUGUGCCGAUGAACCAGAGCGAGGGCGCGUUCAAUCGCGCAGUUCGAGGGGUCGGGAACGCCGCCAGGGUCGCGCUGCUGCCGCAGCUGCUGUUCCCGUCGACGGCGCUUUACUUUAGUGAUCCCUCAUUUCGUUCGGAUCUGGAAGCAAAAUCAAUAAGACCAGUUGUGCUACACAGCAGUGCAAUCGAGAACAGGCUUGAAAAGAAGAGCCUUUUAAAGAGUCACGGCCUCUGGGGCCUCUCCUCCUGCGUCUCUCUGCGCUGGCUGGACAUUGCCAGCAACAGCAUCUCCUCGCUUCAACCACUCACGUCGCUCACUGCCCUCCUGGUCCUAAAGGCCAGUCACAACAUGAUCGCAGACGUCUCUCCUCUCACGCAUCUGGCGAAGCUGCAAGCCCUUAUUCUCAACAAUAACCUGCUUGGCUCCCUCUGCAAUCUAGCGCCCCUCACUGCUCUCAACACGCUGGUGCUAUCCCACAACGAGCUGCCUGCUCUCGGCAAUUCACUGCGCGGCCUUUCUGCUCUUAAGAAGCUCUCCCUGUCCAGCAACGGUCUCACAUCACUCACCAACGACCUCAGUGGGUGCAUGUCUCUGGAGGAGCUGCGACUGGCACAUAACCACAUCUCGGCCCUCUCCCCCGCCCUCUCCUCCCUCACCCGCCUCCGCAUUCUCGAUCUCUCCUCCAAUCGGAUCGCCUCGCUCAAGCUUCUCUCGCUCGCCACCCUCGCCGCCUUCCCCCGCCUCUCCUCCCUCUCCGUCCGCGGCAACCCUUUGCUCGGGGACAAUACUUCCAAGGUUGAAGCGCAGAUUCUCACGCACCUGCCUCGCUUGCGACUGUUGGAUUCGCGCAAGGUGGGGAAGGGAGGAGGGAGGGUGCGAGACGCAGAGGGGGCUGGGGAGGAGGGCGAGGUACUGGGUGAUAGCAGCGGAGAUGCUACUAUGGAGGAUGAGGAGGCGAAGGAGCUGAAGGGAGAGGCAGGGAAAGGGAAGAAGCCGGGGCAGAAGACGAAGCAGGGGGGUGGAAAAGGGGGGGAAGAGGGGCAGAAGCAGGAGGAAGGGGGAAAGGAGGGGAAGCAGGAGAGAGAGAAGACAGCAGAGGUGGUUAAGGAGAAAGGAGAAGAGACUCACAGUGCUGCUGGUGGUGCUGCUGGUGGUGCUGCUGGUGGUGCUGCUGGUGGUGCUUGUGCUGUUGCUGGUGCUGGUGGUGAUGCUGCUGUUGCUGGUGGUGAUGCUGCUGUUGCUGGUGCUCAUGCUGUUGCUGGUGCUGCUGGUGAUGCUGCAGUGAGGGCGGAGGGGAAGAGAGCGAAAAGAAUCAAGGCCAGGGAGGAAAGGGAGGCGAAGGUGGUGUAUGGGAGCGAUCUGCUUCUUCCUGUAAUGGUAGACAGGAAGGGAGGGAAGAGGGAGGUGAUGGGGGGAAAUGGGGGAAAGGAAGGGGAAGUGAAGAGAGAAGGGAAGAAAGUAGGGGAAGGGAAAGGGGAGGGUGCGAAGGGGGUGAAGCGAAAGUCAGAAGUGGUGGUGGGGAAGGGCGUGGGGAAGGGAGAGGAGGACAGUGUGUGGAUGGCUGAAGGCAGGGCAGGGUUGCCAGAGAUCAAGUCCGGGAAUGUCAGGGUUUUAGAGAAGGUGAAGGGAAUGGAGAAGGUGGGGAAGAAAGGAGGUGUAGCUAAGGUGCUGAAGAGUGAGUGGGCUGACACGAUUGGGGAGGGAGGGGAGUCGGCGUGGGACUGA